GAAAAUGAAAUAUUAAUCCGCCUAAACACUGAUUUACACCACCAAUUAGAAACGGCUUUAAAAAAUUAUCAGCAAACUAAAAAUGACCUCCAAACCGAGCAAACUGCUAACCAAAAAUUAAGCCAGGAUUUAGAGAAGUUGCAAGCGGAUGUUGACAAUUAUCUUGCUCGAAUUGCGGAAUUAACCCAACAAAAAGAGGAAUUAUCCUCGACCAAGGAGCAAAAAGAACGAGAACUGAACGAUUUGCGGACCCAAAAUAGGGAAUUGUUUAAUCAAAAACGACAAGCCGAAACACUAAAAAAUAAUACUCUGCGAAGCCUGGCUGAUCUACAAAAUGAAAAUCAACAAUUUCGCCAAACUAUCGACCAAAAAACGACUGAAUGCGACACUACUCAACAGGAACGAGAUAGAGAAGUAAGAAAAACGACAGCCAAUAAUACUAUAAGAACCUACGAAAAAUACUUGAAAGAAGAAUUAAAAAUAAGUGAUUUAAAUAAUUUGCCAUCAGUGCCGGCUCCUUUGGCAACUCUGAUUAAUUUUUUCAAUAACCCCCCGAACUGUUUGAAUCCCCAGCAUAGUGAUUACGAUAGUCUAAAAAGUCGUCUGCGGCAAGCCGAAACCGAGUGCGAUCGAUUGGCAGCCGAGAACCAGAAACUUAAAAACCAAAACGAUCCGGCUAGAAACGAUAACCCUCAAGAAAAAUCCGGCUCGCAACCAACUGAAAAUAAAUCUCCCGCUGACCCUCAAUUAGUCAAUGAAUUGCAGAACCAAAUAAUGACCCUGAACCAAAAAAUUAGCCAAGGUGAGAGCAUCAAUGAAAAAGAAUUAUUGAGCCGAAUUAAUUCUGAUUUGUCCUUGGAUUUAAGUCCACCCAUCAACUAUGACCGGGUAAUUACGGCUAUUCAACAAUUAAUCAAAAAUAAGUCCACUAAAAGUUAUAAUCAAGAACUUGCGACCGACUCAGAUAAG